AUAGCGAAUUUUAAUCCAAGUUGUUGUUCCGCGGAUCAAUACUUAAAUUUCGAUUUGGAGUUUUAUGAAUAGAAUAUUUGUGUUGUGACAGUAGAGAAGGAGCGAUCGGUGAUCGGUAUAUUGGAAAAUAUCGAGUGAAGCUUAUUGAAUAUGGAACCGGAAGAAAACGAAAUGCAUUUAAAACAAGUAACGAUGUUACGCAGCGAGAAAAAUACAGCAAUUGAUUACGAUGAAGAUAGACUACACGAGAUGACAGCGUCGUAUUCGGAAAUAUCAUUCGAUUCACAAUCAUCUCCACCCGUCUCGGAAUUAAGAUCACUAAUUGAUUCCCCGGAUAUCGAUGGAACAAGAUUUUUAGAAGAUAGUUUGGAAAAGAUGAACGUAGUAGGUAGCAGACCCGAUCAAUUGAGUUUAAGAAAUCGGGAAAGUAGUCCGACGGAGGACGAGGAUAUAGAUCCUCCGAGUUACCAUAAAGCAAUGGGAUAUUUACAAUUGGAAGGAACAGUAAUGCAAGACGGGGACAUGGUGCUAUUCGUUGCAGAAGAUUUAGAAAAUAAGAUUAAACUUUCUAGUCCGGUAACAAAAAAAGGAGAAACCCCGUCGUUUCCUGGCUCACGCAGUUCGACUCCUUGCUUAUACAGACAGGCUUUGACUCCUCAGGUGCCACUUUUGGACCAUAACGUAUUGAACGAGUUAGAAAUGGAAGCGAGAAAAGUAGCCACUUCGGUGGACGCUUUGACAGAAAAUUUAGCUGCCAUUUUACAUAGCGCAUCUGCAUUGACCGUCGGAUGCUUAGAAACAUAUAGGGAUGCCGUUUGCAAGACAUGCGACGCGGUGGAUCACAAUAUUAAAUCGAUGUAUCAAUUAAUGGCGAAAUGCGAGGAAUUAUCGAAAUCGAUGGGUCCCGUAUAUAAGCUAGCGGAUCAAAUCAAAGAAGUGAAGAGAAUGUUGGAGUUAUUUGAAAGUGCAAUGAAUCUAUGAAGCGCUUAAAAAAAAAAGAUGAAUCUAAUUUUGACAAUACGUUUACACGUGCAGAACUCGUAUCUGUCGCAUUGCUUCUGAUCGUUAGUCAAGAAUAUUUUCGAAUCAUGCGCAUAACCGCACAACGACUACUCGUGCGCCAUCGUCGUCAAUCAAAUGUACGCGAUACGGUUAAAGGUGAAGAACGCGAAGGGUGUUGUGUCUCGCUUCGGGAAGCGAGUUAACGUAUUUAACGUCGGUAUAUUAAAUCGAAAAUGCGUAAAUCCGAUUUUAAUCGCUAGAAACCACCGGUAUCGAGAAAGAAAAAAAAUGUAUAAUAUAUGUUAAAAUAACUAAUAAAAAAUUUGGAUGGUUUGAAAAAACAGACAUAAGAAAAAAGGAAAAGACAAGACAAGAAAAGAAAAGGAAAGGAAAGGAAAGAUGCAUGGAAUACGGAAACCAAUGAUGCAAGUCGUAAGUGAAGAUGUAACGCGAUUGAAAUACGAAAACGUAAUAGUUUUCUUUUUAAUAAGAAAAUUUAUCAAGGCGUUUGAUUGAUCCGUCUUUAUCUGUACGUAGACGCCUGUAAACUUUUCGUAAGCUGAUCUUACAAUGUACCGAUUGUUCGUAUUCAGCUUGACACAAAGUACAUUGAGAAAAGUCACGUUUCGUGUUUGUUCCAUUCCGAGUUGGCACAGUGUUGAAAAUUAAUUUGUCGGUAUUAUACGGUUUGGUGAGAAUUCAUUGUAAACGAAGGCUGUAAAUAACAUAAUCAAGAAGCGAGAGCAGGAAACUCGUCGCGAGGCGCGCCUCAUUUAACGCGUUCGCUGAGCGUAUUUAUUAAAGACAGGAUGAUUUUAAUCCGGCUAGGGGAAAAAGGGAGCGAUGAUAGCGGACAAACACCUCGUUAAUUUAUUCUCCAACCCCGACAUCUCCAUUGAGGCCACCGAAAGCAUUUGUAUACGCGUAAACGUAUAGAGCCGUGCCCUUCCUACCAUUCUCAUACGCUGUUCUGCACAUUUUCAAUUCUCUUGAAUGGAAAACGAUUUGUUUCCUUUUUAUCGUUCCCUUUUGUCAUCCUACGUAUCAGGAUCAGACUUUAACGACACGCAGGUUCGCCGAGAAGCUUUUCACAAAAUGGUAUAUUUGUCGUAAAAAUAAAUUCGCUUACGUUAUAAAUUUCGUACUGCUUCAAUCGUUUUCGACGAUCAGUUGCUCUUUUCCUUAUA